AUGGGAUCCACGGGGCUAACUUUGGCAGAUCUGCCAAAUAUUUUUAUUAUGAUAGGUGCCCUUGUUGCAUUGUUCGUGAUGCUAGUGAUACUUCUCAGGAACAUGGAAGUGAUCGGCAUAGUGGGCGAGGGUCGCGAGGAGACGUGGGCGCGCAGCAUGCAGCCUCCGCGACUGCUCAUGCAGCGCGUGCACAUACCCUUCACCUUCAAACUGGUGGAGAACAAGCCCGUGGAAUACAGUGGAGUGAACUGCAGCGUGUCGUCUACGGUGCGUUACUGGCAGGCGAGCUGGUGGGGCGCGCCGGUGCGCGAGCUGCACCAGACGCUGUGGGGCACGCUGCCGGAAAUCCUCGCCUCCAAGCACUUCAAUUUCACCAAAUCUGGUCCUCACGAAGAGCGUCCGCUCCACCUGUCGACGGAUAAGCCACCAGCGUUGGGCGCUCCGCCCCGCAGUUGCUACCCGCUAGUGGUGGUGUUGGCGAGAGAUCAAAGGGACACCGCCGAAUUGAGGCCUGAUGACACAGUGGCGCUAGUGAGCGUGGUGCAUAUCAGAGACGAGCAGUGCCCUCUACCGAGCGGAGUCAUAGCGCAGUACCUGAAACAAGCAAACGGACACCUAUCGUGCUUAAAGCAACUGUACGUGUCGAGCGAAUCAGGCGAGGUGGGCGCCAUGGAGGCGCGCGAGUGCGCGCAGUGCUGCGUGUGCGCGGCCGCGCCGCUGUCGCGCGCGCUGCUGCCCUGCCGCCACGCCUGCCUCUGCGCGCGAUGUCUACCGAAACUGGACAAGUGCCCGAUUUGCCGCAGUGCGAUCAGCAGCUACUUCUGCAUCCGCAACGAGGAGGAGCCCAGUGCGGACUUCAAGCCGCGGCUCGCGUUCAACCGCCGCCUCCUCGACCUCUUCCACUACCACUAG